AGCUCUGACAACAACGAGCAGGCUCAUGUUUGGGGGGAAAAGUCAAGAAACGCAAUAUUUUAACCUUUCUCUCCAUGACUCAACAUCCUAAAAUAGUUCACUUGUAACCUUUUUUUGUGUGUGUGGUGGUUUCUUUUUGUGUGUGUGUGUAUGUGUGUGGAUAGGCGAUUGUAUUUUUUUCCUUUUAUUGGAUUAUAUUUCUUAUUCUCUCUUGUCUGAUCUGUAUCGACCUGAAAUGACUGCCUGCUAGUCGGCCGUGUCUAGCCAAUGGUUACUGCUCCUGUCUUCUUGUGGAUUAUCCGUCGUGGCCGAGGCGGUCGCAUGGUCGAGCCCGGUGGAGGCCCCGCUCUGCUGCUGGAUGUGGAUGUGUGCGAAUCGGCGGCGGACUCCCGACUAUUACUGAUGAAGACUGUGGUAGUGAUGAUGAUGCUCGGGUUGCAGCUGCAGCGGCUGAACUGAUCUUAAAUGUGUUUGGGGCUUAUUAUAUCGCCCUUGCACAUAGCUACCAUUUUCCUUUUACAAGGCAAAAAAAAACAUUUAUUCCUUAAAAACUGGACGCCCCUGGAGCAGUUUAUGACGACCCUGGCAGGAGCGUGAUGAGCGCGCGCUUCCGCUUGCCUGCUGGCAGAUCCUACAAUGUCCGGGCGACGGAGCUGGAGCGAGACAGGCAGCACACACAGGUUGUGUGCAACGUACUGCUGCUGGACAACACCGUCCAGGCGUUCAAAGUCAGCAAAGCGGAUCUUGGCCAGGUGUUACAGGAUGCUGUCUACAAGCACCUGGAGCUGACGGAGAGAGACUACUUUGGCCUGCACUUGACUGAUGACUCCUCAGAUGCCCCUCGCUGGCUCGAUCCCAACAAGCCCAUCAGGAAACAGUUAAAAAGAGGGUCUCCCCACAACUUGAGCUUCAGAGUCAAAUUCUUUGUGACAGACCCCGGUAAACUUCAGGAAGAAUACACGCGGUACCAAUAUUUUCUCCAGAUCAAGCAGGAUAUAUUAACUGGAAGACUGCCCUGUCCACACAACACGGCCGCACUGCUAGCGUCCUAUGCUGUUCAAUCUGAGUUGGGGGACUACAGUGAAACGGAGCAUUCUCAAGGUUAUCUGUCUGAGUUCUGCUUCAUCCUCAACCCCCCACAAGACUUCCACAAAGAGGUCGCCAAACAUCACCAGCAGCACAGUGGUCUAUCUCCUGCCCAGUCAGAGUUUAAUUAUCUGAACACAGCACGCUCGCUGGAGCUCUACGGGGUAGAGCUGCACUAUGCAAGGGACCAGAGUAACACAGAAAUUCUCAUUGGGGUGAUGUCCGCCGGCAUUGUGGUUUACAAGAACAGGGUACGGAUCAACUAUUUCCCAUGGUUGAAAAUAGUGAAAAUCUCCUUCAAGUGCAAACAGUUCUUUGUCCAGCUGAGAAGAGAAGUGUCUCUUACACAGACUGAGACCCGGGAGACGCUGCUGGGUUUCAACAUGGUGAACUACAGGGCCUGUAAGAACUUGUGGAAGGCCUGCGUGGAGCACCACACCUUCUUCAGACUGGAGCGACCCAUCCCGCCACAGAAGAACUUCUUCGCCCACUACUUCACCCUGGGCUCAAAGUUCAGAUACUGCGGACGGACAGAGGUGCAGUCUGUGCAGUAUGGAAAGGAGAAAGGCAUCAAGGACCGAGUGUUUGCCAGAUCUCCCAGCAAGCCACUAGCCAGGAAAUUAGUAGGCGGGACUGACUGGGAGUCGGUGAGCAGGAACAGCCUAUCAGACGAGAGACUGGAGACGCAGAGCCUACCAACUCGCUCGCCGCCUGGGACGCCCAAUCAGAACUCACUGUUUGUACAAGAGGGCACGCGACUACGCCCGUCGUCCGUUGGCCACCUGGUUGAUCAUGUGAUACACGCCUCACCCAGCCUGCCCGUCUUCUCCUCCAAUCACAAGUCGGCAUCGUCCACACAGGCCAACAGCAUCAGCUUGGACUCCACCCCGUCUCCAGAGGGAGUGGACGGCCUACCUCCAGCUCUGCCCCCCAAGCAGCUGAGCAGGAAAACCUUGAGCCAGAUCAUCCAGGCCCACUCUCAGCAGAGCCUCCUGGACAACCACCUCAACGAGAUGUACGACGUUCCCGUCAACGCUGACAAGACCACGCUAAACGGAGUUGUCCCACAUGAUAAUCUGGUCCUGAUCAAGAUGAGACCUGAUGAACACGGACGCUUCGGCUUCAAUGUCAAGGGUGGAGCUGACCAGAAGAUGCCCAUCAUCGUGUCCAGAGUGGCUCCGGGAACGUCCGCUGACCUGUGUGUUCCUCGCCUUAACGAGGGCGAUCAGGUUGUCUUAAUUAACGGGCGGGACAUCUCUGACCACACCCAUGAUCAGGUGGUCAUGUUCAUCAAAGCCAGCUGUGAGAGCCACUCUGGGGAGCUCAUACUAUUGGUCAGACCGAACGCCAUCUAUGAUGUGGUGGAGGAGAAGGCGGACUCAGAACCAGAUUUUCAGUAUAUCCCAGAGAAGUCCCCUCAGGACCCCACCCAGCUAGACCAGCAUGCUUUGAGGGACUCUAUGGUUACCCUGAAAGAAGGCCUGAUCAGUGGAGCCAUACUGGCACAGUUUGAUCAACUGUACAGGAAGAGGCCGGGGAUGACCAUGCUGUGUGCCAAAUUACCUCAGAACGUUUCCAAAAAUCGCUACAGAGACAUCUCUCCUUAUGAUGCCACCCGGGUCAUUCUGAAAAGCACAGAUGACUACAUCAAUGCAAACUACAUCAAUAUGGAGAUUCCAGCCUCCAGUCUGAUAAACCGCUACAUAGCAUGCCAGGGCCCCCUGCCGAACACCUGCCCCGACUUCUGGCAAAUGACCUGGGAGCAGGGCUCGUCUAUGGUGGUCAUGUUGACGACACAGGUCGAGAGGGGGCGGGUGAAGUGUCACCAGUACUGGCCCAACCCGGACAGCAGCGCCAUCUACGGAGACUUUACCGUAACGUGCCACAACGAAGAGGGCAACUCUGCCUUCCUGGUCCGGGAAAUGACUCUCGUGCACACACAGAGCGAGGAGGAGAGAGAGCUCACGCAGAUCCAGUACUUGGCAUGGCCAGAUCACGGCGUUCCCGAUGACUCCACUGAUUUCCUGGACUUUGUGGCUCUGGUUCGGACCAAACGGGCUGGGCAGGACCAGCCGAUGGUGGUUCACUGCAGCGCGGGAAUUGGUCGGACAGGGGUUCUGAUCACCAUGGAGACGGCUUUGUGUCUAAUGGAGUGCGGUCAGCCAGUGUAUCCUCUAGAUAUCGUCAGGACCAUGAGAGACCAGCGGGCUAUGAUGAUACAGACACCUAGUCAGUACCGCUUUGUAUGUGAGGCCAUCCUGAAAGUCUAUGAAGAGGGUCUGGUCAAACCACUCAAGAUCGCCAUCUACCAGCAGAGAGAAAAGGUGGAUGAGGAGCGGGAGGAGGAGAAGAAGGAACACCAGAAAGCUGGAGAAGAAAGAGAAGAGGCAGCGGCGACGACAGAGGAUGGGGAGGCGGCCGUCACCGUGGAGUUGCUAGAAGGAGAUUUGGAUGAAGAGGACGAUGACGACGAGGAGGUGGAGGUGCUAGAUGUGGGAGAAGUGACAGAAGAGGGGGAGGAGGAGGAGGAGGAAGAGGAGGUGGAGGAGCCGAGCGUCGCUAGCGCCACCAGCGUGACAAGCGAAACCAGCGCGAACCCUGAACCCGAUCCUGCUAACCCGUGAUGUUUGACCCUCUGGGGGGUCAUCAGGGGUUACCAGGAACAGGAGGCCAGGUGGCCGGAGGAGAGAACAAAAGCACUGUUGCACUUUAUGCUGACAAAAAUGGAAAAAAAACUAAAAGACAAACAUACGUGAAAAUCAAGGACAAACUAGAAUUUAAAAAAAGAAAUCCAGCUGUGUUGACUAGGUACCAUUAGAGGAUAUUGUAUGUUCAGGGUAAACGAAAAAAAACGUAUACAAAGAAUGAAAAGAUAAAAGUAUGAGAGAAUAAAACGUGGAUGGGGAAUUGCUGUAGUGCCAUAAGUACGAAGGGGAAGGGCUCCCCUCAUGGAUGAAAAGCUCCCCCCUCACACCCCCUCUUUUUUUCUCCCCCCUCCCUAAAGGGUCGCCCUGUCCCCUUCUGAGCGAGUCUGCCAGACAGACCUGCCUUUUUUUAGUGUCCUUUUAGCUGAUAAAGAGAUAUACCUUAUCUUUUGUUCCUCAGAAAGAGUAUUUAUUGUGUUUUAGUUUGUGUCGAAACCCUGUCCACUGAACAAAACAAAAAAAAGUUGUAUGUUUGUUUGUAUGAGUCUAGAGCUUCAUGCUUUCCUGAUUAAAUUUUAGGUAGUAAAGUAGUGUGAUUCCUCUUCUUCUAACUACUUCUUUAUUUCUUUUGCUUUUUUGUGGAGAGAAAAAAACAAACAGUGAUUUUAAUUUAUUGUACUUGAUUUUUUUUGAUUUUUUUUUUUAUCUUUCUCAGCUUUCUUGUCUAAGUUUCUGACAGCACAGACUGACAGAUGGACAACCCGAAAGCACUUUGUGUCUCACCUCUUUGUUCAAUGCUGUGGCAAGUUGGAUACAUUAUCCCGCUUUGUGCUGUGUUUUUUUGAGCUUACAGACACACAUGCUCUGAAGUGGCCAUCGUUUGGCGUGUUAGAAGAACAUAACUGGUUUACAAUCCUCAGGGCCUGUGUCCACUGGGCGCACCUCUCUUUCACUUUUUGUGCUAGUCAUAGCAGCUCAAAUCUCCCGUUGAAAGACAUAAAGUUUGAGAAAUGUAACUUCCAGCAUUGAUAGAUUAUUUGAAAUAAGCUCACACGUUGCUUGACAGCACAUCGUUUCAACACAAGCAAACAAAGACAUCAUCAUGAAGAGAGGCCCCGGUAGACACACGACCUCACUGAGUUACAAUCUAAGCUAUUUGGCAGCCGUCACGGUUGAUGAAGCUAAGAAAACGAGGCUGAGGUCAGUUCCCUCCUCUCUUCAAAUUCAUAUGCAGUCAGUUCAGUGUUUUUUUAAAAUCCAACCUGCAGUUUAUUUGCAAACGACAGAGCGGGCAAGAAAGCGUCCUCAGGUUUUUUGAAGCAUCCUCCCCCUGCUGACAGCAAACAGCCGUUACUUCCCUCUGAACCACCAGAUAUUUCUUCCAUGCUUUGCACAGGUCAUAAAGUGAUUGAAAUCUGCUAAAAGCUUCAUGCAAUCACCCCCCACCCCCACCGAGUUUUCGUAGAAAUUUUGCUUGCGGAAUUGACAGUGAACUGAUCUCAACCUUUUUUGUGCGAAUGGUAAAAACAGAACUUUAAAUGUCCCCCCCCCCCCCCCCCCCCCCCCCCCCCCCCGACAAUUGAGUCCUGUUAAACUGGAGCAAACUUACGUCCCCAUUUAUUGCAGUUGAGAUUGUUGGACUUUUACCAUCACCUGUUUGUGCAAGCAAUCAUGUGACCCAGCAUUUAACUUUGUUAGACUAAUUUGUGUUUCAAAGGUAAUUUCCCCUUAAAAUACUGGUUUCAGUGGGGUUCAGAGGUCACUGGAGCAGAGCUUUGAAACAACUUUUGCUGUUUAAAUUUUUUCCCAUGUUGUCUGAUCAACUUACAGUUCAAAUACUUAGCAGCCCAAACUGAACAUUCAACCAAUAUAUAUAUUUUUUGUUUUUUAUUUGACCUUUUCCAAUGGUACUUCGUCUUUUUUUUUUUUUUUUUUUAAAGGCACAUGUUGUUUUUUUAAGCCAAGUUAAUGAUGAUGUUAUGGGGGGUAAUGUUAUGGGUGAUUUAAAUGACUAAAUGAUAAAAAUGAUGAUGAUUUUCCUGACAUGUAUUUUUUUGAAUUCACAAAACCCAGCAUCAGGUUGCUUGUUGUCUUCUUUUCUUUGUCCGAGUACAGGCUAGGUUUGUCUUUGUACUUUUCAAAAAAGCAGUAAUGAGCGAGUGGAGUGUAGCCUCUUCAAAAUUUGAGAUAUUUUUCUUAUUGGUUGCUUCAGUACUUGCUGUCAUUGGCUCCUUCAGUGGAUUCUGCUGGAUAAACCUACUGCUGUUUGUGUGUGUGUGAGAAAGAAAUAGAGUGUGUGUGUGUGUGCAUUCAGAUUUCUGUCUUUAUCUCUCUCUCUCUUUGUACCUCUCCUUCCGCCGCCAUUUCUAAUUUUUUUUUUUUUUAGCUGUCUGGUCUAAGCCUGCUUGUCCGUUAACUGGAAUGAAAGGUUGUGACAUAGAGCCACAAACCUAAUCUAAUCUGAUCUCAAGUUUUGUCUAAAGAAAUGCGGACAGAGCGUUCUUGUAGAGAUUUUUUAUUUUAGACUGUCCUAAAAAACAGGCUGAAUCUUUGCCUGCGAAACAACAAUUCAAACCAUACCUCCCUUUUUUUUUUGUUAAAACAGCUGAAUCAUACUGUACUUGGGCCACAUGGAGAGGUGGGAUCAAGAAGAGCCUAGAAACUGCUUUCCUCUUCACUCUUUUUUUAUAAUUUUUUAUUUUUUUAAAUCUCCUAUGUAUUGCGGUCCUCCCGCAAAGUCUGCUUAACUCCUUCUCUCAGGCAACAUCAGUCAUUUCAGCAGAGCCCACGCAACAUCCACUGUCCAUUCUUCCCAUUGUUCCUCCCCAGAUGCCUCCUUUAUAUCAUUAUACAGCGGAGGAAAUAAGUAUUCAACAUGUCAACAUUUCUCUCAGUAAACAUAUUUCCAUUAAGACCAGACAUUGGUGUUAACUCAAUAAGGCGAUACCGCUAAAUAAAUGGCUAAAUGUAGUUAUGUGCAUUAAAUUGGAAUGACACGGAAAGAAGAGUAUUGAACACGCUAACUGAAAUGUAUUUAAUGCUUGACAGAGAAGCCUUUGUUUUGCGAUGACAGCUUCAAGAUGCUUCCUGUAUGAAGAAACUAAUCUCUUACAGUGUCCAGGGGGGAUUUUGGCCCAUUCGUCUUCGGAUGUUGGAGAGUCCAGGGGGGGGGCCCACUGGUGAAUCUUUAUCUUCAGUUCCUUCCACAAAUGUUCUGUUAGGUUCAAAUCGGGUGACUGACCCGGUCCUCUGGAAACAGUUGAGUCUCCUUAGCAGUAUGUUUUGGACCGUUGUCCUGUUGAAGGGUCGACCAGUGUCUCAUCUUCAUUGUCCAGCUGCAUUGCAAGAAUAUCCCAAUACAUGGCUGUAUUCAUUUUCCACUUAAUGAGAAGAGGAACAGCCCCAAAAUGUAAUGCUUCCACCUCUAGACUUGCUGUAGUUUUGGGACUUUUAGGGUCAUGUGGAGGCAUUUCUCCUCCACACAUGGCGUAUAGUGUUAUUGCCAAAAACGUCAAACCUCACCACAUUUUUCCAGUAAUCUAUUUGGCUUCUCGAAACAUUGUGUGGCAAACAUGACGAGCUUCAACAUGUCAUGGAGCGGAGUGCGUUCCCUUUUGUUUCCUGUGUGACAAUUGUCUUUUUGGAGCUAUCUAGUGGUCCUUGGAUCAUCUGCUACUCUUCUGACUUAUCUUCUUACUGCCUGGUCAGCAGUCUAGCGAGGAGCUGCUGUUGUGUGACGGUUAGGAGUGAUGUAUCUUCCACUUCCAGAUAAUAGUCCCCUUCGGUGCUUAUGGGAAACAUUUAGGAGUUGAGAAAUCAAGUCGGUAACCUGUGCCAUUCCCUGUGUUGCUCAACAAUCUUGUUGCGAAAAUCUUAGGAGAGCUCUUUUCCUCCUACCCAUCCUGACACGGUUCUUGUGUAACAUCUUAGUAAGAGAUGUUGUAUUCAUAGAUGACUAACACUUUUUUUUAAAAGACUGGAAGUGCUAGUAGCCACAUGCACUAACUGAGCUGGGUCUAAUUGGCACAGGUAACGGGACUAAAUAUAGAGGAAUCACCUUGUUUGGUGCUUUUUGUCACUGCAUGUUCUUUACUUUUUACCUGUGUCGUUCCAAUUUCAUGCACAUAACUUAUUGAUUGCAAUGUUGUAAUUUCUUAAGCUGUGUUGCCUUAAAGAGUUAAUACUAAUACCUGCACUGGAAAUAUGUUAAAUGAUAAAAAUGUUGAUGUGUUGCAUACUCCACCCCCCCCCCCCUCCUCUCUCUCUCUGUCCAUGGAUCCCACUCUCUCUCUGCAUGGCCUCCAGGCAAAUGACAGUAGCAAAGUAUCAAACAAGGAGGACAAACUGAGGCUAGACAGUUGAAUGACUUACCGAAUAAUUGGUUUAUUGACAGUUACAAAUACAUUGUAGCCCCCCUACGUGUACUGUAUGAGCUUGUAAUCAAAAAAAGAAACAGAAACCAUUCAACACCCAGUGGCUUCUUCUCCAGCUAUUUUUAUAUUCAACAGCGGGGGCCAACUAAAUCAAAUUACCAUUAAAUUUAAAUUAAUUAACGCUGAAGGCCUCCUGAUAGCAGCAUCAAUGAUAAGUUAAAGAAAAGAACGAAAAAAACCUUGACGAUUUCUAACGAGAAAAUGAAACAUUGGCCCUGCAGAGAAAAGUUAAUAAUUAAUCAAUCAGGGCUGCCGGAGUUUCCAUCUGCACAAAAAUGUCCAGCAACGAGCUGUCUAUGUUCAAAGUGUUUUGUCGAUGACACAUAAUUGGUGCGUUUUAGGGUACUGAUCAAAGGUAGUGUGGAGGGGACCAGAGAUAGGGAGGGCUCGGGGUUUAGUCGAGAGUCGAGUUGUAUUUUUGUGCAAAGAUGAAAACAGUUGUAGUCGAGAAAGGACAGCACUUUGUAGAAGGCUGAGUGGCAGAUAGUGCUACUGAAAAAAAUAAAAGAAGAAGUUGGAGACAUUGUUAAAAAUGAGUUGUUCUUUUUUUUCAUUUUAAUUUAUCUUUUUUUUUUCAUUUUGUUUUAAAAAUAAAGACACCUGUAGGGAACAAGAAAAAGAAAAGAACUCCUAACUACACAGUGCCACUUGUUAAUUUUGUGUAAAUAAUACUAGACCAUGUAAAUACAAUGUUGUAUAUGAAAAAAAAAUCUUUAAAAUAAAAGGGAAAAUCAUU